UCCCAAUGCCACAGUGGGCAGGGGGAAAAUCGCUCACUGUGAGUCGCCAUAACAAUCAUAGUGGUGGGACGCUCUCGUCAUUUCUGAGCACGCGUAAAAAAAUUCCAGACAUUUCAAUUUUUGUUAUUGUAUCCAUUUAUUUGGUGUGUGUGCUUUCUACUGUGGGUAACAAGAGGUAAUACAACCGUAAUCUGGUAACAGUGCCGGCCAUCUGAAAAUAUGUUGUUGUUGAUUUUGGUGGCGGUGUUGCUGAUCCAGUGUGAUGCAGGUGAGUUGUGUUGCGACCAGCUGUGUUAGUGGCAGGUCUCUUGUUGAGUAGUAGGUCAGCUGUUCACUGGCUGGUCAGCUAUGUAGUGACAAGUCAGCUGUUUACUGGCUGGUCAGCUAAGUAGUGACAGGUCAGCUGUUUACUGGCUGGUCAGCUUUGUAGUGACAGGUCAGCUGUUUACUGGCUGGUCAGCUAUGUAGUGACAGGUCAGCUGUUUACUGGCUGGUCAGCUAAGUAGUGACAGGUCAGCUGUUUACUGGCUGGUCAGCUUUGUAGUGACCAGUCAGCUGUUUACUGGCUGGUGAGCUUUGUAGUGACAGGUCAGCUCUUUACUGGCUGGUCAGCUAUGUAGUGACAAGUCAGCUGUUUACUGGCUAGUCAGCUAAGUAGUGACAGGUCAGCUGUUUACUGGCUUGUCAGCUUUGUAGUGACAGGUCAGCUGUUUACUGACUGGUCAGCUAUGUAGUGACAGGUCAGCUGUUUACUGGCUGGUCAGCUAAGUAGUGACAGGUCAGCUGUUUACUGGCUGGUCAGCUUUGUAUUGACAAGUCAGCUGUUUACUGGCUGGUCAGCUUUGUAGUGACAGGUCAGCUGUUUACUGGCUAGUCAGCUUUGUAAUGACAGGUCAGCUGUUUACUGGGUGGUCAGCUAUGUAGUAAAAGGUCAGCUGUUUACUGGCUGGUCAGCUAUGCAGUGACAGGUCAGCUGUUUACUGGCUGGUCAGCUUUGUAGUGACAGGCCAGCUGUUUAUUGGCUGAUCAGCUUUGUGGUGACAGGUCAGCUGUUUACUGGCUGGUCAUUUAUGUAAUGAAAAGUCAGUUGUUUAUGGGCUGGUCAGCUUUGUAAUGAUACGGUAGCUGUUUAGUGACAGUUAAGUUGCAUAAGAGUAAGUCCAUUGUAUUGACUGGUUAGUUGCUAAAUAACUGGUCUGUUGGUAGUGGCAGAUCAGUUGUUAGUGACUGGUCAGUUGGGUAGUAACUGGUCAUUUGGGUAGUAACUGGUCAGUUGAGUAGUAACUGGUCAGUUGGGUAGUAACUGGUCAGUUGGGUAGGAGCAGAUCAGUUUUUAGUGAUUGGUCAUUUGGGUGGUGGCACCCCAGUUGUUUAGUGUCUGGUCAGUUGGGUAAUGGCAGGCCAGUUGUUUAGUGACUGGUCAGUGGCGAAGGGUUGCUUUUCUGUUUAAGUUGUGAGAAUGUUAAGAGGCAAAGUCCUAAAGGCAGUAAGAAACACCAAGAGAGGGAAGGGCGCCUAACUCUGGAACCACGAGUGUCACAAACUAAUUAACUAAUUCAUCGGUCCUACCAUUCGAAACCUGAAACCAAUGCUGCUCCUAGAUCUGAGAAUUCAUUUUAUGAACAUUGCCUCUACUACUGACCAUUACCGUUUAGUGGUCAGAGAACGGUAACCAUGUUUUUUUAUCAUAAUCAAAGAUACUAUAAGAUGAGAUAAGAUGAGAUAAGAUGAGAUAAGAUGAGAUAAGAUGAGAUAAGAUGAGAUAAGAUGAGAUAAGAUGAGAUAAGAUGAGAUAAGAUGAGAUAAGAUGAGAUAAGAUAAUAUAAGAUGAGAUAAGAUGAGAUAAGAUGAGAUAAGAUGAGAUAAGAUGAGAUAAGACGCUUUCAUUGAUCGAAUUAAAUGGAAAUAAUUGUUUUUUAUUCCCUUGUACAUAUUCAUUUUCAGCACAUAAAUAAAUGCAUAUUUUAGCCAAGACUACGUUUUAUAAUGUUAACAAAUUAAACACAUGAUAUCGAGACUGGUUCUCUAGCGUGUCAAAACAGCCACUGGAGAAUAAGUGAAGACAUUUGCUAACUCCGAUAGUGUACACUUUUUAAAGGUAGAAAUGGUUGUGGUUGACUUUUUUUUAACACUAUUUUGGCCGUGUUCAUCCCACGAGCAUAUUAUCAAUGGUGACACCUGGGUAUUUAUACGUCUCCAUUUGAUCUAAAAUGUUAUUUUUUAAUUGAUUUUUUUUUUUUUUAAAUUAUGAAAUUUUCAAUUUGGGCGCAAUCCCCCCCCCCCCCUUUUUUUUUUUUUUUUAUUUUAUUGAUUUUUAAUUUUGGGCCCACCCCCCCCCCCCCCCCUUCUGUAAAAUUAACAAGCUUUUUUUUUUUUUUUUUUUUUUUUUUUUUUUGAGACAUUCGGCUGAAGUGACAGAAGAACUUUUUUUAUCGCACCAACUGUAACAGCUUAAGUUAAGGACAUUUUUGUUUUUUCUCUUCAAUUUUCCCAUUUUAAACCAAGACAUUUUAAAAUAGCUUUGCACCUUGGGAUUCGAAAACGAAAAAAAUUGUUAUAAUUAUUUGUGAUGACAUAGAGAAGCUCUUCUGUUUCUGAGGUAUGGUUUUGAAAACAACAAAAAAGUGUCGUGAUGUCGGUCAGCAGCAGUGGCGACGCUACACCAGGUCCCGCCGGGCCCUCGGACCUGGUAAAAAAAACUUGGGACCUGGCAAAUGACCUGGUCAAUUUUUAUUAGUUACUCAUAUUGUAUAUAUGCUCAUUAAGCGUAAACUACAUUACAUGUAAGAGAAUUUAUUUGGGACCCGCCAAAUUUUUUUAAGACCUGCAAGGGAUCCGCCAUGUUAAAUUUGAUGGCGUCGCCACUGGUCAGCAGUAAUCAUAUUUAUGUUAGAUGUGCCCGGAAUAUCAGAUUUACGUGAUAAUACUUGAUCUUUUGUUGUUUCUUUGUUGUUGUUGUUUUAAGAGUUUUUUUUUAAAGUAUGUCUUGAACUGAACUGUUUACAGCUCCCGACAAACCAGGACAAAGGUUAAAAAAAAAACAAUACGAAUGGUCACUUAUGAUUAGAGUUAGAGGUCUCAUUUUGUAUCUUCUUCUUCUUAUAUUUGAGGGGGCCCACGAUCAAUGUGUUGAUCAUUCUCGCUCCUGGUUUAAAUUCAGAGUUUGCUUUCUCUUAGAUGGGUUUCCGUCCAACGAGUCCCAUCCACCCGGAGUGCUUGAGAUGCUGGCUUUGGUGGGGAUUGAACUCCAGACCACCAGCUAUUUGGUUUGAGACAGUUUAGACCUCUCGGCCACCCAGAAUAAAGGACACAUUUCACGCAUUGUUACUAUGGGUAGCUGGGACGACUUUUUGGUUAAGACUUUUACCCCUCUUUCAAUUUAUAUAACUAUAAUUAAUUCAGGUCUCUACUUCUCAAAGUGCUUGGCACCACCGGGAACAUCUGCGCACGACUUCCUGUCACGUGACCUCGGCGACAGCUAUGACGUUAGCAUUGCCCGUUUGACCAAAGGAAAGCUGACUAUGGUUGUCAACGUGGCUACUUUCUGCAGUAAAGUUUAUUUGAUUCAUAUCUCUUAUAAUUCAGUAUUUUAUUGGACCUUAAAAGAUUGUAACCUGUAAAUCUUGUUGAAAAUCAAUGGUUUUUUUUUUCUUGUUUUUGUAUUGGUUUAUUUUUUUAUAUAUUUAUUUUUGUAUUUAUUUUUAUUUUUUUUUUUUUUUUUUGGGGGGGGGGGGGGGGUUAAAGAAUUUCGUUUUUUUUUUGGAAAACAAAUNAAUAUGUUAUUAAAUCCCAUGGCAAUAAUAAUAAUAUUUUAUAUAUAUAUAUAAUUACAUUUAUUGACAUUACAUUGCUUUAUAAUGUUUAAUUUUUUUUUAAAUAUUUUUUUUUUUAAUUUCAAAAGGAUUUUACAAAUAUCUUCUAUUGCCUAUUGACUCAGUUAGUUAAUGAAUUAUUUAAAUAGUUAACAUUUGAUCCCAAAUAAUUCCCUUCAAAUAUAUGUUGUAAAAAUAAAAGAAUUUUUUUUUGGGGGGGGGGAUUUUCAAAUCAUCUUGUUUUGUUGUGUGUUUUUUUUUGGUCCUAAGCCUUCACCAAACAGUACAUCCAAAUGAACCAACUCUUGGCCUCGUUACCACCUUACGAAUUCACCAUCCUCGGCUUCCCUAGCAACCAGUUUGGUCACCAGGAACCGGGGGCGAACCGCACGGAGAUAUUAAAUGGCCUCUACUACGUCAGACCGGGUCGUGGAUACACGCCACAUCCCAACAUGCACUUGAUGUUAAAAGGUGACGUCAAUGGCGACAAGGAGUCGGAGCUCUACGCCUAUUUAAAAGUGAGUAGGGGGAGGCAUGCGAACAAAAUAAUAUUAGUCGUGUAAGGGCAGAAUCUUUUUAGGCGUCCUUGAAAGCUCUUCAGUAGCUUAGCCUAACCAUAUGAUGGGUUUUAAGUAAAAUAGCAAGGACUCACUGCAUGUUUGAACUCUGUGAACAUUGGCAGGAUUAUAAUUUAUAAAAUAAUUUAUAGUUUUUUUUUAAAAUCAGUUAUUCAAAUUGUAUGUGUGUAUGUUACGCCCCUGUCAUAGAAUCCCACCAAUCUAAAAUGUAUGUUUCACUGUCGCAGAAACUGUCAAUCUUUGAUCCACUUCCGUUGAAACAAAAAUUUCUGCUCCGUUAACAUCAGUGUGAAUAUGUGUCCACAUAACAAAAUGUAUGUUUUGAGAUAUACGAUUUAUUGAUAUGACACUCCACUGCGACUCCACGCAAAGCUCAGCCUAUAAGUAUAAGGUCCAUUGACGCAUUUGUCUUUAAAAGACUAAGUCUCUACUUAUAUUACCUCCAAAAUAAUCAAGCCAUUCCUUUGUUUUCUAUCUCCGAAGGUCGCCUGCCCCAACCCCACCACGGCAGCAUUCAACACACGCGAGAGCUUCUGGGAACCAAUCAAAAUCAACGACAUCGCGUGGAAUUUCGAAAAGUUUCUGGUCUCCCCUAGCGGCGUCCCUCUUUACCGCUUCCGGUCUAUGGUGGAACCACGUGACCUCGUGGGGAUCCUGGAAGCGCUCCUGGCACCUGCUGUCAAUGUUCAUACCCAGGCGCGGGAGCUCGAGGGGUUGUUGGCUGACCUUGACGCUACUGUGGACGCCUGGGAAAAGGCAGUGACACUUUAAAUGAUUGCUUGAAAACUUUGUGAAAUAAAAAUGUGCAUUUGAUUAUGACGUCAGUUUUGAUUUGAAGUGGGCGUCAAAUACGUUAUUUAAAUUUUAUUAAUUAUUUCGUGUUUUGUUGUUUUUUUUUACUAAUUAAUUUUCAAUAGGGAUAAGUAAGAGGUAGAGGAUGUGAAAAGGGCAUAAAAUAAAGGUUUUUGGGAAAAGGGCAUAAAAUAAAGGUUUUUGGGAAAAGGGCAUAAAAUAAAGGUUUUUGGGAAAAGGGCAUAAAAAAAAGGUUUUUCUGAUUUGUAGUCUAAUGUUUAUAAUGUACAUGCUGUAUCAGCAAAAAGUAUAUUUUCCAAGGGAUUUCGGUAUAUUUAGUGGGAGGAAGUAAUCCCUGAAUCCUCCUUCCGUUCAACACGGUUUUCAGCUCUUUUAAUGUAUCGACAUAAAAUAUUUGAAGCUUUGUGUAUGUGUAGUUCUCUUUUAAACGACUGCCUUUUCUUCUUCUUUUUUUUCGGUGCUCUUAUCACGGCCCAGAUUUUCCCGAAUGAAAGUCGGGCAACAGUCAGGUGCCGCCAGACCUAAGGUGGCCCCCAGAGGGUCAUGAGGUCUCAAUCCAGCCCGG